GAAACGGAUAUGUGUGAAAAUCAAUGUAAUGACACAAGAAUGACUUUUUUUGAUUGGGUUGAUUGCUAUCACAAAGCUAGUGUUAAUGUACAUUGACAGGGACGAGUAAUGGCUAUUUAACAAAACAAGGUCAAAAGCUGUUUAGUGUUCGACAUGCGUGGUUUUCUCAUAGUAUUGGGUGCGAUUGUCACUGGCGUUAACUCUCAGAUGAAUGACUUUGACGCUGAUUGUUUGAGUUCCCAUAAYGAAUACAGGGCACAACAUGGAAGCCCACCCCUGGUUUGGUCCCACGCCCUCGCUGCUGUAGCUCAGGAAUGGGCCAAUUCCUUGGCGAAUAGAAACGUAUUUGAACACGAUUUGAAUUAUUUAGAUCAAGCUAAACAAGGCGAAAACUUGGCUUUUACGUUGUUUAACACAACCAAAUGUAUGAACGCUGGACAGUUAAAUUGUAUCAAGUGUUCACGCAUAAUCAAAGACUGGUAUAGUCAGAUCAAGGACUAUGAUUUCAUAAACGGUCGAAGCAGAGAGGGACCAACGAAUAUUUUUACGCAGAUCGUUUGGAAGUCGACGAGAGAGAUUGGCGUAGGAGCAGCAAACAGYCAAAAGUAUGGUCUUAUUGUCGUGGCUCGGUACUUUCCACGUGGGAACGUUGGAUGGCUAGACAACUAUAUUUACAAUGUCCCUCUUCCAAUUUACAAUGGUAUCACCCCCARCUAUCCUCCUUACAACGUUCCCCCUCCAGUCCCAGCGCCUGUUACCAUCGAUAGAACACCAAAGAUAACAUAGGUCUAUUGUUUGAUCAGUAUAAAUUCCGGUGCUUUGCACUAGCGACAAGAGAAUGUUAUAUUGGAUAACGCGUUCAAUGUGGGUUCAUUUGAGCUGCGACUUUUCCAMAGACAACUAUAUCUCAAUUCGACAACCUGMCGAUAAAUUACGCAGGUAUACAAUCAGUUGUGAAAAAUGAAAUAGUUUUUCUAUAAUAGAGGUAGAUUGAGCUUCAUGAGUCGCAUCUUAGUUAGAGUCAUUUUCAUCCGUCUAUGAAAUAGGAAUUGUGUACUAUAAGCACUAGAGUCAUUUGCUUCCGUCUGUGAAACAAUUACUACUAGUCASUGUUUAAUAGUAACUAUUAGGGUGUAGUAGGCUACCAAAAGGSAAAAUCAAAACCGUACGUGUUCGCCUAGUUACUUUGUCGCAUGUAAUAAGUAAAACUAUUGGGAGCUAAUAAAAGUAUUAAAUAGUAAAAUUCCUAUUUCACAGACGGAUGAAAAUGACUCUACUAUUUGUAUAGAGAUUGUCAUAGAAUACACUCUAAUCAAUGAAGUAUAAAAUUCUAAUAAUAAACAUUUUUUUUAUUCUGAAUAUUUUGAAUAAAAUGUCAAUUGACAAGUG